AUGACGCUGCUUCUGCUAUACGUGGGUAAGGGUGACGGCAUCAGCAUCAGUGUGUGGAACCGUCGUAAGAUUCACAAGAAGGCUGGCAGCGGCUUCCUGGGCUGUGUGCGCAUCGUGUCUUCCGCCAUCCACAGGCUCAAAGACACUGGUUACCAACGGCUGGACCUUACAAGAGUUGGGCAUGAUGAGUGUGAGCCAGUGCGAGGGCAGAUAGUGGUGUCACUCAUGUCAAGGGACGGCCGAGGAACUGGCUCCCACAAUGCGGUGGUCGACACACUGGGAAAUAUUUUCCCCGACGACCUACCCGAGGGAUGGGAAGAGAGGAGAACAGCCACUGGUCGCUUAUAUUAUGUUAACCAUCAUGACCGCACCACCACCUGGGAGCGACCAACUCAACCCGCCCAUAUAAUAGUGGAGCGCAGACGGCGUGACAAGACGUACGUGUGUCCAUGUGCCAUCUAUGUCUUCCUCUCGUCUGUCUUCUCCUGUGUUGCUCCCAAGGCCUGCAACUCCCCUCCCUGCUCCUCUGAUUGCCCUUCCUCAUCCUCGGGUUCUCCCAGCUGUGCCAGAGAUUCUAGUCAAGCAUGCCCUUCUUCAUCCUGUGCUUCUCCCAGUUGUGUAGGCAGCUGUAAUAAUGCUCAACCCUCUACAUCCUCUUCCUUAGCUCCUAACUGUUCUGUAGUGUAUCACAAGUCUUUCCCUUCUCGUAUACCCAAUCCAUGUACACCAGCUGCACCAGUUCCCUGCAUAGUAGGCUGUAAUGAGGCCUGUCCUCCCUACACUGCCUCUGGCUCUCCUUGCACUGGACCCUCCCCCUCUUCCCGGUGUGACCCAGCAUCGACCUCACGACACAGUGCCGCGUGUUGCAGGCCAGGUGAUACUAGCGUUCUGGGUUCUCCGAGCAGACAUUCCACUUCCUCCAAUACUAUUUCUUCAAGUCCAGCCUCCACCAUAUCUCCAGCUGGUGGAAAUAUAGUUUUGAGCAACCCCAAUACAAGUGCUGAUGUGCCACAGGAAGGAACUCCAGUCAGAAGGGAUCCCAGGGAGAGGGACAGGGAGCAUAGAAGGAGUAGAGCAGCAAGUAUUGAGCGAGUCAGUCAGAGAGAUGCUGGUGAAUCUAGAAGAAAUCCAGACUCAGUUCGGAGACGAUCUGCACGGCAUCGACACUACCUUUCCCGAAACCAGCUUCAUCAACCACCUGAUCUUCCUGAUGGUUUUGAAAUGCGAACCACACAGCAAGGUCAAGUAUACUAUUACAACAUUCACUCUGGAACAUCCACCUGGCAUGAUCCUAGAGUGCCACGUGACUUAGGCCAGGUAAAUAUCGAUGAAAUAGCCCCUCUCCCUGGAGGAUGGGAACUGAGACACACACCCAGUGGACGACCGUACUUUCUGGAUCACACAAAUCGUACAACUCAGUUCACUGAUCCCAGACUCUCUAAUACACACAUUCUCAAUAACAUUCUCAGGAAUCGCAGUGAGGGAGGUAAUCGAACAAGUAUAAUUGAAACUGGAAGUAAUAGUGAACCUAGAAGCAUUGUAAAUGAUAGUUCUGUAUCUACCAGCAGUGUUCCAAAUAAUAGAAAUAACAGGUCCUCGAGUAGUAGAAGAAAUAGCUCCUCUCGAAGUAGAGGGCCAUCUCCCGAGGCUAACACUGCAGGGGAUACUAUUUCAAAUAGUGUGCUUAACAGUGAAGAACCAAAUAGCUCAGUUGUUAAUGGUACUCCAAUUAGUCCAACUGUUGUACCUGCUAGUAUUAAUAAUAGCAACAAUAUUGGCAGUGAAGGAAGUGGUGUGACUACUAAUGUGAAUAGCAGUAACUCUGUAGUGCUUCAGAAUAACAGCACAAACCUACAAAUAAGCAGUAAUAAUAAUAUGCCUGGGUCCAAAGACCCCACUGUGAUAGAUAUGGAUGGUGACUGCCUUCCAAAGUAUAAGCGUGAUUUAGUUGCUAAGAUGAAGGUGUUGAGGGCCGAGUUACAGUGUCUCCAGCCUCAGAGUGGUCAUUGCCGUUUGGACAUUCCACGGGGUGAAGUGUUUGAGGAAUCCUAUAGACAGAUCAUGAAAAUGAGACCGAAAGAUUUACGCAAGAGAUUAAUGGUGAAAUUUAAAGGUGAAGAAGGACUUGAUUAUGGUGGCGUUGCUCGUGAAUGGCUGUACCUCUUGUCUCAUGAGAUGCUCAACCCUUACUAUGGCUUGUUCCAAUACUCUAGGGAUGAUAUAUACACUCUGCAAAUUAAUCCAGAUUCCAGCGUUAAUCCAGAACAUUUGUCCUAUUUCCAUUUUGUUGGACGUGUAAUAGGAAUGGCUAUAUUCCAUGGGCACUAUAUUGAUGGUGGCUUUUCCAUGCCUUUCUACAAGAUGUUGCUCAAUAAACUCAUCAUACUGGAUGACAUUGAAGCUGUUGAUCCAGACCUUCACCGUUCACUCAACUGGAUGCUGGAGAAUGACAUUACAGAUAUCAUUGACAACACCUUUACUGUUGAGCAUGAGAGCUUUGGUGUCCUCCAGAUGAGAGAGCUCAAGCCAGGUGGUGGUAGUGUUGUGGUUACAGAAGACAACAAAAAGGAAUAUGUUAGGUUGUAUGUCAACUACAGAUUUAUGCAGGGUAUUGAGCAACAGUUUGCAGCUCUUCAGAAAGGCUUCACUGAAGUAGUCCCACAGCAACUACUGAAGCCAUUUGAUGAAAGAGAAUUGGAACUAAUUAUUGGUGGUCUUGGAAAAAUAGAUAUUGAUGAUUGGAAAGCCAACACAAGACUCAAACACUGCACUCCAGAGACCCCAGUGGUUGGCUGGUUUUGGCAGAUAGUUGACUCCUACACUGAGGAAAUGCGUGCAAGAUUGCUGCAGUUUGUCACAGGAUCCUCACGAGUGCCACUGCAAGGUUUUAAAGCACUGCAGGGCUCAACUGGUGCUGCAGGACCCAGACUUUUCACCAUUCAUCAGAUUGAUGCUCCAACAGAAAACCUACCAAAGGCUCAUACAUGUUUCAAUCGCAUUGAUCUUCCUCCAUACGAGUCUUACAGUAAGAUGCUUGAGAAGCUUACUCAAGCUGUAGAGGAAACUUGUGGAUUUGCUGUAGAGUGAGUCAUCUGGAAAAAUUAAAGUCAAUUUUUUAACAUAAGCAUGAAAGGAUUGUAUGUGAAGUAUGUGAUAUGUGGUUAUGAUAAAAAUGUGAUACCUUAUAUAACAUUGUCAAUUUACUUUUUUUUUUUUUGUGAAUUUGUGUAUAUUUGAAAUAAAAUGACUAAAAUGAUUGUCAUAAUGAAGGUAUUGAACUGUAUGUGAGUUUAAUAUUAAAUUAUUUUCGUCCUUUUUCAAAUACCAAAUAGUGUUGCAGCUUCAAUAUUUUUUUUUAAAAAAUGCAUGUGCAAAAUGUUUUAUAAAUUUUUGGUUUUAGAUAUGAAUUUUAAUUUGAAUACUAAGGUACAAUACAUAAACCAUUACUGAAUUAUUAUUUAAUUUUCAGUGUUUUAAAUAUUUGAAAAAUUAAUGUGAAAUAUAAGUAAAGGACCAAUACUUGUUUUUUAAUGAAAGUUAGAGCAAUUUUUGCCUAUUAUGUGUGUGUGGACUGGAAGUAUAAGACAACCAAUCUGUGCACUUGUUAACUUAUGUCUUAAGCGAUUCUGUUAAUAGCAGAUCUUGGGUGUCUUCCGCCUCGUCAGUGGUAAUGACAAAUUCCAAUCAAGAUUCACUAGUGUUCUUUAACUGAGACACUAUGUUUAGUCAAUGUCAAAAACUGUGAUAGCAAUACAGUUCCAACUUCCAGGGCAGUGACACUUAUCUUUUAAGCCUGUCUCAUAAAUGUAGACUCUUGUUAACAGUCAACACUUAAGUAUUUUACAAUUGGUCUUAAUUUAUGAUCCAUGGUGUUUCAUAUAUUAAUGCCACUGAGAUCUUUAAAGUUCAUUGCUUUAUAAGAGAUGUAUACACAUGUGAUGUUAAGGAGUAAUAUGAUCCAGUUAGUUGGGGUUUCUUGUAUAAUAUAUUUUAUACUUAAAAUGACAACAUAUCAAAAGUGAUGUUUGAUACAUAAUUGCUAAAUAUUUAUACUGCCAAGGCAAAGAAAAUUUUAUUAGGCUUCCUUUUGAGUAAUAAGAGAUUGUGUGGAAGAGAUCAAAUUAUGACAUAUUGCUGUAUUUAUGAUAGUACUGUAGUCAGAUAUGUGCAACUCCCCUACAUUUACACAAUUUGAUAUUUUAUAUAUACAGUAAAACCUCUCAUUAACGGAUUUCAGCAACUUCGGACAAAAAAUUGGCUGGACAAAUGCUCUAAUUACCAGGUAGAAUGGAGAAAAGUCUGUAAUUCUGAAUUUUGUCCAUUAGCAUGAUUUACUACUGAUAACUUUAUUUUUUAUCUCAGUUUCUCAAAUGCAUUCAUACUGUGUGUAUGUACCCUGUAUGUGUGUAUAAAGAGCUUACAUUUAUUUGGUAAAGAUUGGUGAGGAAUUGUAGAUUUAUUAUUUAUGAUGUGUUAGCUGUUAGUGGUUGUCAGGCAGGGAGGAGAAAAGGAGGGUAGGUGGAUGGAUGGCUCACCUCUGAGCCAAUGAGGGAUCCUGCCCCAUCAUAGGGGAAGGGGGAGGGAUGUUGGCUGGGAGCCAAGGAGGAAGGCCUCUUCAUCUCUCACUGAUUCACUGCCCCUCUCCCUGCUUGUAUAAAGAGCUUUUUUUUUUUUAUUAUUAUUAUUGAGUAUCUGUACUGUGUAUGUACUAAUUAUAUUGUGUUGGUUACUGGGUAGAGGGGCAGAGUUGGUAAGGCAGGGAGGUAGGUGAGAGCCCAGGGAAAAAAUUCCUGUUAAAGACAUUCAUUCAUCUGUCCCCAUACACCUGUGAUCACACAAACAUACACUCACUCUUACUCAUCUCUCACACCAGUCAAUUCACCUUCACACUUAACAUCCACCCACCUAUUUCCCCUCUCGACCACUUAUCUACCCCCCUCACCCACCCAUACUCACACCCUCUUUCAUGACCACCCACCCCUAACCAUAUACCCACUACCCCGACAUGUGUUCUGAAAGCCACCCUCUCAUGCCCACGCACCCACAUUCCCACUCUCUUUCAUAACCACCCACAUUCACACCUUUCUUAAUCACCCACCCCUCACCCUGAUAUUCACACCCAGUCACGCUUUCUGAAACCACCCCCCCUCCCGGGAACAUACGUGUGCACACACUGAGCACAUCUGAGGCGCACAUCAACCAUUAAAUAACUGCUGUAGCUUAUGGGCGCCUAGCAAACCUAAGAACAGCAUUCCAACAUCUUAAUUAACCUUUUGACUGUCGACGUCGUAUAUAUACGUCUUACGAGGUACCGUGUUUGACGUAUAUACAGUGGUCCCUCGCUUUUCGUAGUUCUCGGCAAUCAUAAAUUUCGCCAAUCAUAGGGGUAUUUUCGUAUAAACAUGGACUCGCUUUUCAUAGGUUGACUCGCAUAUAGUAGUUCGUCCGGGACACGUACGCACGGUGUGAGCCGGGGAGGCCUCCCUACCCAGCCAGUCUGGCAUUGUUUACCAGUGAUUGAAGGUCCCUUCAAGUGCUCCUAUGAAAUAUUUCAUAAUAUUCCACUCAUUUUAGUGCUUGCAAGUACUAAAUAAGCUACCAUGGCUCCAAAGAAAGCUCCUAGUGCCAAGCCUGUGGUAAAGAAGGUGAGAAAUAUGUACAGUGACAAAGUCUUGGGCCAUUUUAGGGAAGUGUUAAAGAGAUGCCAGAAACAGAGCUCUCUCCACAGUUACUUUGUGAAACAGGACUAGAGUGACUCUCAAGGUGGUCCUAGUGGCAUUAAGAAACAGAGAAGAGAAGCAACUGGUACCUGAGGUGUUGCCGGAAGGGAAUUCCCCUUCCAAACUGUAAACAAUCCAAUCUCUCUCCUCCUCCAGUCUCCCAUACACUAAGAAGAAUCUCCAAUAAAGGUAAGUGUUAUGCUGUUAAUGUUUCAUUCAACAUUUCCCAUUGUAUUGUUUAUGUACUACAUGUAUAUUUCAUGUAAAAAAUUUUUUUGUUUUAAUACUUCUGGGUGUCAGAAACGGAUUAAUUGUAUUUACAUUAUUUCUUAUGGGGAAAAUUGAUUCGCAAAUCGUAAAUUUUGUUUAUAGUAGCUCCUCCAGGAACGGAUUAAUUACGAAAAACGAGGGACCACUGUAUACUCAUAAAUUCUAGCAGCUUCAAAUCAAGCAGGAGAAAGCUGGUAGGCCCACAUGUGAGAGAAUGGGUCUGUGUGGUCAGUGUGCACCAUAUAAAAAAAAAUCCUGGAGCAUGCAGUGCAUAAUGAGGAAAAAAAACUCCGACCGUUUUUUUUAAUUAAAAUGCCGACUUUGUGGUCUAUUUUCAUAUAGUAUUUAUGGUUGUAUUCUCAUUUUCUUGGUCUCAUUUGAUAGAAUUGUAAACAUAGAAAUAGAGGUGAUUUAGAAAUAGAGGUGAUUUUGAUUGAUUUUACUAUAAAAAGAACCUGGAAAUGGACCUCAAAGUAGGGGAAAUGUUUGAUUUUUGCCGAUGUUCAAAAGUAAACAAAUGAUGUCAUAGUCCAAUAAAUGCCCAACUAGCCAUUCUAAUAUGCAGUCAUGAAUGAGUUGAUGUUAUUUAUACAAUUAUUACAGUAUUGCAGUAGUCUGCAUAACAGUAAAUCUUCUAAUUUUUGUUUGAAUAAAAAUUCAAAAUAGAAAGCAAGAGUAAUAUCAGAGGGGCUUGGAGACGUGACUGAUGAACAAAGAAAAUGUUAUUUUAGAGCCAGGAAUGUCUGCAUUGUUCAUUCUGGACCUUAUUUUGAAAUUGUCAUAUUUUUUAAUUUUCAUGAAAUUGGCCAAAUUGCAAAUUUCUGACCACAUUAUUGGGUAGUUGAAAUUGGUAAAUGGGCAGUUUCUUGUACUCAGUCGAUAGAAAAAAUGGAGUUCUAAAGAAAUAGCUGUGAGUUUGGUCGACUGGAACAAUGGAAUUAGCCGAAAAUAGGGCUCAAAGUGCGCGAAAUCGCUGAUUUGUAAAUAACGCCGAGGUCACUAACUUCGCGAGAGCGUAAUCCCGUCAGUUUAACAUCAAAUUUCAUGUUUUUGGUGUCAUUACAAUCGGGAAAAGAUUCUCUUAUCAUUUCAUAAGAAAAUAAUUUUUUUUUUUUUUUGAAAUUUUGCGACACCAUGAGACACUUCAGGUUUGGGGGUUGCGACAGUCAAGGGGCUAAUAAGGAAUUGUUCAGGACCCUGUACAUUUUGUAUGUUAGGCCCAUAUUGGAGCAUGCAGCACCAGUUUGGAACUUACACCUAACCAAGCACAUAAGGAAACUAGAGAAAGUGCAAAGGUUUGCAACAAGACUAGUCCCAGAGCUAAGGGGUAUGUCCUACGAGGAGAGGUUAAGGGAUAUUGACCUGACGACACUGGAGGACAGGAGAGAUGGGGGGGUAUAUGAUAACGACAUAAAAUACCGAGAGAAAUCGACAAGAUGUUCCAGAGAUGGGGCACAGCAACAAGGGGUCACAGUUGGAAAUUGAAGACUCAGAUGAAUCACAGGGAUGUUUGGAAGUAUUUCUUCAGUCGGUGUUGUCAGGAAGUGGAAUAGUCAGGGAAGCGAUGUAGUAGAGGUAGGAUCCAUACAUAGCUUUAAGAGGAGGUAUGAUAAAGCUCAUGGAGCAGGAAGAGUGAGCUAAUAGUGGCCAGUGCUGUGACUCGACCCCUGCAACCACAACUAGGCGAGUACACACACACACACUCGCACGUGCGCCUCCUUUUUUCAUUCCCACCCUCUUUCACAUCCACAUGCACCCUUUCCAUGAAAAUGUAAUGUACUGGUGUGUUUUAGUAGUGUUGAUAUGGACAAUUCACCUUGUCUAUUGAUUAAGGGAUUAGUAGCUUGGUAACUGGCAUGUAGAAGCUGGGCAGGAUACAGUUAAAGCACAGCUGCUAGAUAGCAGUUGAUUGCCCAUGUUGGUUACACUAUUCAGGGUAUAGAAGUAGCCAGAGCCAGAUCUAUAGAGAGAGAUGUAUACAGUGUGAUGGCAGGCCUGAGCUCUGGCUUACGGGCACAGAGGUUCCACACUCAAAAACAUGGGAGCCAUGCCUUGGCACAAAUUACAAAUGAAAGGAAAACCCAGUUACAUAAAGUAAAAUUUUGGUAAAUUAUGUAUAGUAUUAUGUAAUUACUAUACAGUUCAGUACUGUAUAGUAAUUGCAAUACCCAUAUUCUUAGUGUCUGGUUUCCCUCUGCAUUAGGGAACCAAAUUCACUAAUUUCAGAAGACAUCCUGACAAUCAUAAAAAAUUAAUUUCACAAGCUGGAAGUUGCAAAAAAUCAGCAAUAUUUUACACACCCCCCUACCUAUUAGUCCGUUAAUGAGAGGGUUGUGUGUGUGUUUGUGUUUUAAAAGAUAAAUAUGUAUUACAAAUUGCCAUAAGUAACAUUUAUUCAGUCAGUGGCCAAGACCAUCAGUUUUUUUUCCAUUUGGCAUUCAUACCUACAUGAACGUGAAUCUCAGUUUGUUCCUUACUGUCUGGUGCCUCAUUGCAAUGUAAUAUCAAGUUACAGUAAUUAGCAUUUAAAUAACUGAUCUGUGAAAGGGUUUUAAGCUGAAUGAAUUCAUUCUUGUUAAGAGUCUUGCUAUUGCCAUUUAUAGUAGUUUGAGGGACAAGUGUGCUGUGUAUGUGUACAUUAAACUCAUUAUUGUAAAUAACUUUCAUCUCAUCGUCAUGAUUGACAUGUACUGGAGCUGCAGAUGGUGUACACUUGUAUGUUUGGAUGCCUUAGUAAUAAAUUAUGCUUCACAAACUGGUAAUACUCAAAAACUACUUUUAUUUUGAAAAAAAAAAAAUUUAAUAGGUACAUUCCAACAGUUUUAUUUUAUGUAGCUUCGGUGAUAAAGUAUAUACAGUAAUUGUUUCUGGCAGCUAAAGGUAUAUAUUACUUUCCUAGUUAACAGUAAUAAAUUACUCCUUUAAGAAAGAAAAGUAGUAUAAUUAAAAAUGUUUUGAAAUUUUUGGAUUAGCAUUGUUCAUUAAAAAAAAAUUGAUAUCUAAGAGCUCUUAAAUUUUGUGCCAAUGUUUAAUUUUCUUGCAAGUUUGUAGAAAGGUAGAUUUACAAUAUUAAAAUUUUCUUACAUUUUUCAAAUCCUCUAAACAUCUUUCAUAGUCUGAUGCAAAACAUGCAGUAGUUUUAAGUCAAAUAUCAAUGAUCAGGGUAAUGACAUGCAGUGGUUUAGCAGCAGUGAUGUGCAUUUGUAUCUUUUACUAACCAUAUUUACCUGUAAGAGGAUACAAGGUAGGAAAGGAUUUACAGUAACUUUUACAUGGCAGUUUCUGCUAUAUAAGAGCCCUGGAUCAAAUCUGCCUUUCUUGCUUGGGAGGAUGCCAUUCCACAGUAGUGGUUCAUGGUAUUAUUCACUACCUCUUAAGAAAAAAAUAGCACUUGUUUACUGUUAUAUACUUGCUGGAUUUGUGAUUUUUAUAUAUUUAUACAAGAAUAUCAGGAAAUAAAUACUAUAGAAACUGUUUAGGAAUCAAUCGUAUAAAAUUCAUAUUGAUAUAUUUUUCAGACUUUAGGAAAAGUAAUGUAAUACAAGCAAGUUACAUAUCAUUGAUGUUACAAAUUCAUUAAAUUAUGUAGAUGUUUUGACAUCCUGUGAAUUGCUAGUUUGGAUACAGUACAAUAUAUAAGAAGCUUGGUUAUUGGCCCAUUAUACCAAGUUAUAUUCACUGUAUUCUAACAAGAUAAUUGUGUUUACUGUGUUCAAGAUACUAUGAAAGUACAGCAAGCAGCCAGUCAUGUAUUUAGUUGUGCUAUUAAGAGAAUAUUUAGGAUUUUUAAUAAAUUUAUAAAUGAUA